AUGCCUCCCGCAGUCAGAGCAACACGGCAGCGUGCUGUCACCAAUGAGAACGAUGAGAACGCCGGUCCUACGCGUAUGACGCGUGCAAAGGCCGCCGGCCUGGGCGCGACCGAGCACGCCGGUGACGUGCCCAAGAAGACCCUAGCCACCAAGAAGUCCACAGCUGCGUUGAACGGCGCUUCACGGACACGAACAACGCGUGCCGCUCUCGGCGAUGUCAGCAACACCAUCAAGGUUGAGGGACUGGGUGCCGCCGCCAAGGAUGGCAAGAAGCCUGCUGCCACCAAGGGUGCCGUCGCCAAGGCAGCGCGUCCCACCGGCAUCACCAAGGCCUCUACAGCUGCAAAGGCCCCCCUGGCGAGCAAGCCUACCAACAAGCGCCUUGCUCCUGCCGCCGAUGCUAACAAGGCAACCGCAAAGAAGGCGAAGCCAGUGGCUCCCGUUGAGCAGGACACCGAGGAAGAGGAGGAGAAUGCUGUACCCAAGGAAGAGGAGAAGCCCACCAAGCUGAAGAAGGAGCUCAAGGCUGAGCCUCUUGAGGAUGCACCCAAGACCAAGGAGCAAGAUAUUGUCGAGGUCUUUGACGACUUUGUUGACCUGGACAAGGAGGACGUUGAUGACCCAUUGAUGGUUUCUGAAUACGUUGUUGAGAUCUUUGAGUACCUGAAGGAGCUCGAGAUUUCUACCAUGGCCAACCCCGACUACAUGGAGAGCCAGACCGAGCUUGAGUGGAAGAUGCGCGGCAUCCUUGUCGACUGGCUUCUUGAAGUCCACACCCGUUUCCGUCUCCUGCCCGAGACCCUUUUCCUCGCUGUCAACAUCAUCGACCGUUUCCUGUCAUCCAAGAUUGUCCAGCUCGACCGCCUCCAACUGGUCGGUGUCACCGCCAUGUUCAUCGCCUCCAAGUACGAGGAGGUCCUCUCGCCCCAUGUCCAGAACUUCCGUCACGUCGCCGAUGAUGGUUUCACCGAAGAGGAGAUCCUCAGUGCCGAGCGCUUCGUCCUCACCGCCUUGAACUACGACUUGAGCUACCCCAACCCCAUGAACUUCCUCCGCAGGAUAUCGAAGGCCGACAACUACGACAUCCAGACCCGCACACUUGGCAAGUACUUGCUUGAGAUCGGUUGCCUUGACCACCGCUUCCUCGCCCACCCUCCCAGUCAGGUUGCUGCUGCUGCCAUGUACCUCGCUCGUCUGGUACUUGAGCGCGGCCCAUGGGACUCUACCCUCGCACACUACUCUGGUUACAGCGAGGAGGAGAUCCAGCCCGUUCUGUACCUGAUGAUUGACUAUCUGUCCGGCCCGGUCCUCCACGAGGCUUUCUUUAAGAAGUAUGCCAGCAAGAAAUUCUUGAAGGCAUCUAUUGUCCUUCGCAAGUGGGCCAAGGAAUAUGUUGUCGAAUAUGGUAAUGCCCUGCAAGAAGAGUCCUCACUGAGCGUCAAAACAAGGUCAAUGCGCUGA